AUUGACACAAAUGUCAAAUAGAAAAACAAAUUUCUUUCGUGUAAACGGUAUGUAAGUUGGUGUUAUCAAAACAUUGACAGUAAAUAUAUAAGAUCAGUAUGAUUCAAACAGAUUUUGUGGAAAUCAAUCAAAUAACUGGAUUCUUUACUUUUUUAUGGAGCAUUGAUUGGCAAGAUCCAUGGUUAAUAGGAUUAUUUGCAUUUCACAUAUCUAUAUUUAUGAUGGCAAUAUUUACUAGGAAUUAUGGCAAUUUUCAGGCUCUGCUCUUCUUCUUUUUAUUGUUGCUUGUCUACUUUUCUGAGAGUAUUAACGAACUAGCAUCAACCAAUUGGAAAAUAUUUUCCAGGCAGCAGUACUUUGAUAGUAAUGGCCUAUUUAUAUCAGUAGUUUUUUCAAUACCUAUAUUAUUGAAUUGCAUACUUAUGGUGGGUUCAUGGCUCUAUCAAUCAACCCAAUUAAUGACAAAUUUAAAAAUUGCCCAACUAAAGGAAAAAAAGAGAAAGGAAGAGCAACUUGAAAAGGAAAGAACGAAAAAUAAGGAUGACUGAUUUUUUUAACACAGAUAAAGUUGUAUUUGCUUUUAUUUUUCCUCAAAAUUUUUAUAUAGAAUUUUGGUUCAUAUUAAAUUGGGCCAAUAUAUAAGAAAGUUACCUUUUAGAUUGUCACUUGAAAAAUGAUUGCAUAGAGUUAAAUCUAGCUAGUCAAAAUUGCGCUUCUGUGGACACAUUUAUUAUGCAUUUCUUUAAUACUUAUUGACACUCUUAUAUUCUUAGGUAAUGCGGUGUAAAUACAGUGUAUAUAAUUUUAUAGUAACCAUAUAGAUCAUCAAAUCAAAUGUGUGCUACUCCGUUAUGAAAUGUUGAGUCAUUAACUAUACCUUUAUUAUAAGAAAUAUUUUGUAUAUGAUGUAUCAGAAUUAACUGAAUUUCUUAAAUAUUGUAUUAAGACUGAUGAAUAUAGAUGCUUUUUAUUAAAAAU